AAAUACUACUUCCGGUUACUUGUUACUUCCGUCGAAAUUUUCAAAUCUUAAUUUGUAACAAUGUCAGGUACUGCCGGAGAUUGGUGUUUAAUAGAAAGUGAUCCGGGAGUAUUUACUGAACUGAUUCGAGGAUUCGGUGUCAAAGGAAUUCAGGUGGAAGAGAUAUGGAGCUUAGAUUCUGACAGUUUCAAAAAUUUAAAACCUGUCCAUGGACUUAUUUUUCUAUUCAAAUGGGUACCUGAGACAGAACCAGAUGGCUCCAUUGUACGAGACAAUCGACUGAACCAAAUAUUCUUUGCUAAACAAGUAAUUAACAACGCAUGUGCAACACAAGCUAUUCUCAGUAUUUUGCUCAACUGCAAACAUGAAGAUCUGGAAUUGGGAGAAACCUUGACGUCUUUCAAAGAGUUUGUUCAAAACUUUGACCCAGCUAUACGUGGAUUGACUUUGAGUAAUUCUGAUGUUAUACGUCAAGUUCAUAAUAGUUUCUCUCGGCAACAGAUGUUUGAAUUUGAUGAGAAAUUAGCCAAAAAGGAUGAUGAUGUGUACCACUUUGUGGGUUAUCUGCCCAUCAAUGGACGCUUGUAUGAACUGGAUGGCUUGAAAGAUGGACCAGUAGAUUUAGGUGUUGUUGAUGAGAAUGCUGAUUGGCUUGAUGUUGUUAGACCUGUUAUUGAGAAACGGAUUCAGAAGUAUCACAAUGAUGAAAUCCACUUUAAUUUGAUGGCCAUUGUCUCAGAUCGCAAAAUGUUAUACGAACGCAAGAUGAAAGAUUUUGAGAGUUCUACCAUGGAGACUGAUGAUAUCGGUAGUGAGAUAAGCAGACUCCAAAUGUUGAUACAGGAAGAAGAACAGAAGAUGGCACGUUACAAAAUUGAAAACAUCCGUCGCAAACACAACUACCUACCAUUUAUAGUGGAACUGUUGAAGUGUCUGGCCAAAGAGGAGAAAUUAGUACCUUUAGUAGAGAAGGUAAACUUUUGACUCGCUGCUGUGUCUACUACUCAUAGUUUUGUGUGUUUACUACAUGUGCAUGAAACUCUAUGCCAAGGAAAAGGCUGCAAAGAAGAAGGAAGUGAAGGCUUGAUAUCAGCUACUCUUAAUCUAUCCUGCUUUAAUCAUUCACCUGUUGGUGUUCAUUAGUAAAAGGGCUGUGUCUUGUUCUUUAUGACCACAUCCACCGAUGCUGUUCUUCGUCAACUGUAUAUGUUUUCCAUUUUCAACACCAAAUAUUUGAUGUUUUCAUAUAUUAAUAAACAUUUGACAAUACCAUACAAUCA